AUGGAAAGAGUGAGUGUGUUGUGUGCACUGCUGCUGCUGCUCUGCUCUCUGUCAGGAGCUGAACUUCAGGACAAUGAGAUCAGUGACCAAAGACAAGCCAGUCCUGAGAGUGUGAAUGUGCCAGAGCAGCUUCAGCCCUGUCCACCAGACCUCCACGCUGUGCUCCAACACAUGAGCGCCGCCCUGGCUGAACAAAGAGUCAAUAUCGAGCAGCUGCAGUGUCUCAACCAAGAACAAGCAGCCACACUUAGAAAUCAAGAUGUCAACCUGAGAGUGCAAGAAGCUGAACUGAGAGAGCUGAAGUCCAGAGAUGUGGAGACACUGAAACAACAACAAGAACAAGCAGCAAAACUUAUAGAGCAAGAAGCCAAACUGAGAGAGCUGAAGACCAGAGAUGUGGAGACACUGAAACAACAACAACAAGGACUAACAGCACAAGUCCAGGAGCUCCAGAAGCAGACCAGUGAAGUGGAGCCAAUUAAAGAACAACUAAAAGUGGGACAAGUGGCUUUCUCCGCCGCUUUAAUGGCUUCAGGCUCAGGAGACAUCGGCCCCUUUAACACUCUCACUAAUCUGGUCUUCAGACACGUGGUCUCAAACAUUGGAAACGCCUACAGCCCAAACACAGGGUUUUUCACUGCACCGGUCAGAGGGGCCUACCACUUUGAGUUCUACAUUGGUGCACUUGGACAUUCUUCACAUGGUUCAUCUGUUGUGUUGGUGAAGAAUGGAGAACAUACUUUUAGCUCUUAUGAACAUCAGACAAAUGGUUACGGCACUGGAGCCAAUGGAGUCACUUUGCUCCUGGAGGUUGGAGAUGUUGUGUUUCUGCGUCAGUGGGAGAAUACAAGAAUCUAUUAUAAUCAGAAUCACCACAGCACAUUCAGUGGUCGCCUGCUGUUCCCCAUGUGA